AUGGAGACCGAUGCCCUACCCCUGGACCGCGGCAACGUCGAGAUGACGCCCGUCCUGUCCCAUCAACGCUCCCCCCUCGCUCCCCCUCCGCACGUGCUCUCGGACGCGUCCCUCACGCUCAAUAACAGCGACUCGAAACUGCGGCUGACGCGCCGUCGUCACAGUGUCCAAGGCUCAGCCAGUCACAAUCGCUCGCGGCUCACGCCCGAGCGCUGUUUAGCCUAUGGGACGCACGAACCAAUCAGCAGCGACCUUCUGAAGUCAGCUGACAAAAAAGCACUUUGUUUCAAUCCCCAGAUGACCGACCGUCGUCAUCCGUUUUGUACCCAUUUCAAUGACAACGACGACAAUUCGCCAUCGUCCGUCGGUGUUCAAGCGCCUCGUUUUCGAGCACUUGUACUGGAGAUCCUCGUAAAUGGGACGUCGGGAGUCAUUGCAUUCCUCUUAUCAUCAACUCUGGCCGUUUCUUGUGCUAGUGUCGUCGUGGGCCAUGGCACGCCGCUCUCGUCGGUCAUUGCGCCCUUUAUUGACAUGAAUCUGCUCGGAACAGCAGUUCUGUCGGUGGUUUUAGCCUGGCAAAGUCGAGCGCCAUGGACUUUGGGGUCUAUUGAUGUUUUUGUAGCUCCGGUGAUGGCUGAAAUGGCUGACAAAAUCUCGGACCAUUUACAUGGAGACCUUACGACGGUCGUCCCAACGACAAUCGUGAUGAUUGCGCUCACGUCCGUUGUUCUGGGCCUCGUGUUUUUUGUCAUGGGGCUCUUUCGCGUCACGUCCAUUGCCAAUUAUAUCCCAUAUCCAGUCAUUGCUGGGUUUCUCUCGGGCAUUGGUGCCCAAUUGAUGAAAAAUGGCGUCCACAUGGCGUCGAGCAAAGCGUUGACGGCUGCUUUUUGUACCAUGGAAGUUCAAGUGCUGCUUCUACCGGCUGUAGCGUUUGCAAGCUUGGCUCGACUUGGACAGUAUCUAAAGUUCCCCGUAGCGCUCUCGUUCCCGUGUUUACUGGUGUUGUCACUUGUUGGGUUCCAAGUUUUCGCGACGAUCUAUGGAGCGAGCAUGGAGACACUAGGCAAGGAAGGAUGGGUUUUUGCUUGGGACCCUGAUGUUGUCGCUCAGACGCCCAUGUGGCUUCCGUGGGCUAAAAUCGACUUCAAACAGGUGCGUUGGCACACGCUAACGCACGAAUGCAUGAAGUUCUUGGUGUCGCUUGUCAUUCUUGGCGCGUUAAAGUAUAGCGUCGCUACGACGUCAUUGUCGACACUAUUUGGACGCGAUAUAUCACCGGACAACGAGAUGCGAGUAAUUGGGCUAGCAAAUGUGGCAAGCGGAUUGUUAGGAUGCUGUGGUGGAUGUCACUACCUUUCGGCGAUGGGCAUCAUGAAACAAUUUGAGGCCCACGAGAAAGUGCCAGCACUCGUGUGUGCGUUUCUGGUGUUGUUGUUGUGGACGAUGGGCAUUCGCUUGCUGCAGUUCGUGCCCAAGUUUAUCUUUGGUGGACUCCUGCUAAGUGUCGGCCUCCACUUUCUAGAAGCGUACUUGGUCACGCCGUUCCAGUUCCUCAAGCCUAUUGAAAAAGUUACAGUGGUGCUCAUCACAUCAAGCUUUCUCGUGAUUGGUAUGUUGGAAAGCGUAGCAAUGGGCAUCAUCAUCUCCAUGAUCGAGCUCAUUUGGCGUAUCCAUGCCGUUGGCUGUGUGCACCAUGAGACGACGGGGGCUCUAUCUCGCAGCGCGGUGGACCGCACACCCGAACAAACUGCCUACCUCGAUACCGAGGGAAGUGCAAUUUUCGUGCUGCGACUGCAAGGGUAUCUGUUUUUUGGCACAUCGGUCAACAUCUUGGAGCGAAUAGAGACCCGUAUCCAUUCCCUAGCUUUCCCCAAGCUAAGGUUUGUCAUCAUCGACUUUGGCCUCGUCCCUAGCUUUGAUGCUACAGCUCUGCUCAACUUUCGCAAGGUUUCGACAUUCGCCGACAUGUACAUGUUCGACAUUUACUUUUGCGGACUUCGACCGAAAAUUGAAGCUGCGCUUCGCCGAAACCACUACACCCAGCGCGUGCAUUUACUUAGCAGCGAUGUGGACAUUGUGCUCGAAAUCUGUGAAAAUGAACUGCUGCCUGCUGAUAUGUUUUCGAAUCCAGAAACGCCGAGGCCAGGCAAGUCACUCAAUGACUGGAAGUGUCUGAGUCAAUUGGAGCUUUGGGAACACUUCAUGGCUGUAUCGCCCGAGCACUUUGGAUCUGCUAGUUACCAGAAGUUACUUCCGCUGGCUGCGUAUCUGGAUAUUGUCGUGGUGCCAAACGGUUCUCAGCUUGUUCCAGAAUGCGUGCGCAACGACACGUACUUCAUUUGUUUUGGCUACAUGAACUUCAUCAUGGAUUCCGAGUUCUCGAAUGCACAUAAUAUCCCAGGCGUCCGUCUCGCUGGUGCUAGCAAUGCCGAUGGCGACAGCGGACACUACGAUGACAACCAUUCGAAGGGAGACGACCUUGAGCUGAACAAAUCCAGCCGAGAUAGGCGCGCGCGCAAAUUAUCGUACGUAGUCCCCGAGGAGUCGCAGUGGACACCGUUCACGACGGCAAAGUCACGCCUACUUAAGAUCGGACCGGGCUCCGUCAUUACACUCAACGUUCCGGGCGUGGACCUCGAGUACAAGUACUUUGCCACGUCGGACUGCAUGGUGCUUCGUUUACGUGCGGUAGCAAUGGAGAUGCUGGAGGCUCGUGCACCGCACACAGCGGUAGCAGUGCUGAAGCUCAUCAACUUUCGAUUGGCCUCCCGUUUUCGCCACUCAAGCAAGCGCGUCUCGCAGAUGUCUUCUCUUCUGUACAAGUAG